UGGGCGGGGCUUACAACCACAGUUGUAAUUAGUUACAACCGGCAGGAACCGGCUGCUCGCUACCCUGUUAGAGAGCAGGGAGACAGGUCAAAGUGACAGAGCAGGGAGACAGGUCUGGAGACUGGUUGUUUUAGGUCAGAGGAAGAAUAAGAAGACCGCUUUUUAAUGACACAAGAGCCCUGUCCUCCCUGUCAAACACCGUGCAUGUAUUUCAUUCACCGUGUCCGUUGACCGUAUGCUAACCGGUUGCGUCAGACUUGUGAUAUCAGUCUGUGCAGAAGAUUUGGGGACCGGUAAGCUACAGAAGAACAAACCUGAAGUAUUUUUUUACGCAGCUGAGAGUGGACAGCAGCGGAGUGACAGAUCAACGGAAAGAAGAAAGGAAAAACAGAGUCACCGUCCUGAAGAACCAUGGAACUAUCACUGGCCCACCCAGCGAUCAAAGCCUUCAUGUGCGGCUCCGUCAGCGGGACAUGCUCCACGCUGCUCUUCCAGCCUCUCGACCUGGUCAAGACCCGUCUGCAGACUUUGCAGAGCGGCAUGCAGCCUGGUUCGGGCCGAGUGGGGAUGGUGACUGUGCUCCUGAGCGUGGUGCGAACAGAGAGGCUGCUGGGACUGUGGAAAGGAGUUUCACCGUCCUUUGCUCGGACCAUCCCCGGCGUCGGGAUCUACUUCAGCACCUUCUACUCCCUGAAGCAGCACUUCCUGCAGGACCGCAGCCCCGGGGCCGCCGAGGCCGUGCUGCUGGGAGGCUCGGCCCGGACGGUGGCGGGCGUCUUCAUGCUGCCGGUCACCGUCAUCAAGACACGCUUUGAAUGUGGCAGGUACAGUUACGGGAGCGUUACCGGUGCUCUGCGCAGCGUGUGUCGGACCGAAGGUCCUGGCGCUCUGUUCUCCGGCCUGAUGGCCACUCUGCUCCGAGACGUUCCUUUCUCCGGUAUCUACGUCAUGUUGUACAGCCAGGCCAAGGUCUCGCUGCCAACAGAAAUGCUCUCGUCUGCGUCUGCCCCGCUGGCUACCUUCGGCUGUGGGGUGGCGGCGGGCGUGUUGGCGUCCCUGAUCACGCAGCCGGCCGACGUGGUUAAAACACACGUCCAGGUGAAUCCACGGCUGAGGACGGCGGCGGCGAUCCGACACAUCUACGUGGAACACAGGCUGCAGGGUUUCUUCAGAGGGGCGGUGCCCCGGGCCCUGAGGAGGACUAUGAUGGCCGCCAUGGCGUGGACGGUCUACGAGCAUAUGAUGACCAGUAUAGGACUGAAGUCCUGAAGGGGAAAAAAGGUUGACGAGAAGCUUGUGAAAGAAAAGAGAGUCACAGAGUGACGACAGGAAGGAAGAUACGACUGACAGUUCAAGACUUUGAAUGACUUGAAAUAUCUAGUGUCUAAGUGACUAACGCGCACCUUACGGGAGACAUCGUGUGGAGACUCGGCUUCAUGAAAACGGGCUUCGCUGGCUGACGCUGGGACCAGACUUUAGGCCAGGGCUUCGUUACUCUGGAGAACAUAUUUUAAAGUGCUCAUAUUAUGCUUUUCCCCUUUCCUUUAUUGUGUUAUAUAACGUUUUUGUGCAUGU